AUGGCCGGAAUCAAACGCAAGGAAGCACCCAAGGCCGUCGCUGCCGUCCGAUCUGGAUCAGAGAAGAAGCAAAAGCUGGCCUCGACGGGCUCUUCCAAGAAGAAGGCUGCCCCAGUCAUGGAGCCCACCCCCGAAUCAGAAACAAGCGAGGAUGAAGACGAGGACGAACUGGAUGAGGAGGAAGACGCCAUGUCUGGUGUAGAGCUAAAUGGUGGAAACGGCGAUUCAGACGACAAGAAGAUCAGGACUGGACAAUCGUCAGCAGAAGCACAUGCCGCCCAGCGCGUUCUAGCAAAGGAGCGCAAAGCCGCCAAACCGAACGCAGACAUCAUCGGCCGUAGCAAGAAGAUUUGGGAGAGACUGCGCAGAAAGUCACAUGUGCCUACCGAAGAGCGCAAGGCUCUGGUCGGCGAGCUGUUCGAGAUCAUCACUGGAAGAGUGCGCGACUUUGUCUUCAAGCACGACAGUGUGCGUGUCAUCCAAUGCGCCCUCAAGUACGCCAACAUGCAACAAAGAAAGCAAAUCGUCACCGAAUUGCGCACCGACAUGCGCGAGCUGGCCGAGAGCAAGUACGGCAAGUUCUUGGUCGCCAAGAUGGUUGUCGAAGGUGAUGCUGAGAUUCGCAACAUGGUCGUUCCUCAGUUUUACGGUCACGUUCGUCGUCUGAUCAACCACCCCGAAGCCGCCUGGAUCGUCGACGACAUUUACCGACAGGUCGCAACCUCUUCACAAAAAGCUCUUAUGCUCCGCGAAUGGUACGGCGCCGAAUAUGCCAUCUUCGGCAAGACCAAGGCCGCUCAAGGUCAGACCGAAGAGAAAGUCACAGCCGACCUCAAGACUAUUUUGGAAGAGAGCCCCGAGAAGAAGAAGCCCAUGAUGCAAUACCUCCAGCAACUCAUCAACCAGCUGGUCCAGAAGAAGAUGACUGGCUUUACCAUGUUGCACGACGCUAUGCUUCAGUACUUCCUCAACACAACUCCUGGCACUCCCGAGGCUUCUGAGUUCCUCGAGCUGCUCAAAUCGGAUCUGGACGAAGAGAAUGGUGGCGAUCUCCUCAAAAACUUGGCUUUCACAAAGAACGGCAGUCGUGUCGUAUGCCUGGCUCUUGGUUACGGAACUGCAAAGGACCGCAAGCUUAUUCUUCGUGUUUACAAGGAUGCCGUGGAAAUGAUGGCUCUCGACCCUAACGCACACACUGUCUUGCUUGCUGCUAUGGACACUGUCGACGACACGAAGAUGACCGCCAAGGCUCUCUUCCCUGAGCUGUUGGGCGAGAACAUCAAGGACGAGGCCGAACGUGAGAACCGCCUUGUUGACCUCAUCUCUCAUUUGACUGCCCGUAUCCCGCUACUUUACCCUCUUGCUGGACAAGCCAAGUGGCUGGUUUCCGACGUUCAAAAGACCAUUAUCGCCGAAGUGCACUCCGUGCGUGAGGUCACCUCCAAGAAGAACCCCGAAAUCCGUCGCCAAGAAUUGAUCGCAUACAUGUCGCCGUAUCUACUACCCAUCAUUGAAUCCCGCGCCGCUGACCUCGCCAGUGUUGGUUUUGGUUGCCAAUACAUCAGUGAGGUCCUCCUGGAAGCCCAGGGAGACAAGAAGGCAGCUUCUGAGGCUGUCGUAGCCCUCGCCGAGGGUGAUGUGACUUCUGAAGGUCACAUUGCACAGAGCGCAGCUGGUGGCAAGAUGCUGAGAGCGCUAGUCAGCGGCGGCAAGUUCGAUUUUGAGUCCAAGACAGUCAAAUUGGUCGAGCCCCGCCUUGGUUUCGGCGAUUUGCUGUUCAAGACACUCAAGGGCAAGUUCGUCGACUGGGCCACAAGUCCUUCAAGUUUUGUUGUUUUACAAAUGCUCGAGAGCGAGGAUGUCAGCGCCGCAAACAAGAAGGCUGUUCGCGAGGAACUAGCCAAGGGCAAGAAGACGCUGGAGAAGGCGGCCAAGGGCGAGAACGCUGCCUCCAAGAAGGCACCCGUGGAGACCGAUGAUUCACAAAAUAAGAAGAAGAAGAAGACAAGCGAGGGGCCGAAGGGCAACGCAGGCGCAAAGAUUCUGCUCGAGAAGCUCAGCAAAUGA